GAGGCGCGACCGCUGCCCUCCUCUCCCCGCGGGGCCUGCCCGGGCUGGCGUCCUCCCGCACGCUGCAGGAGCUGUGGGUAUCGGAUCCCGGGGGUGCCUCUGCGCCCGCUGAGACUUGCCUUACCUGCUGCUGGGGCUUUGGUUCCGUCCCUGCGCGCCCAUCCUGCGAUCCCAAGCACUAGGUCUCCAGCCUAGCGCCCCACCCGCCCACCAGCCAAGGGGAAGCUCGCCCCGACCCGACAGCGCGCAUUAGCCUCCCCUGUUCGCGCCUCCCCGGGGCUCGGUCCGCGGCUAGGAGCCCUGGCCCACAUCUUACCCCCCGCCCCAUUCCGGGGGCUCUGCUCCCACCCAAGGGCGCCCAUCCCACCUCCUCCUAACUUUCCGCCGCUUCCUUUGGGGCAUUUGGCUCAUCAGGUGCCCCUCACCAAACUUCCUACUCGUUUGCUCCAGGCGUCCCCGCCCCACCUCCAAGAGCGCCAGUAUCACCCCUCUUCUUCCUCCCCCAGUGUCUGCCCUGUGACCUAGAGCCCCCUUCCUGUCUUCCCACCGGUCUCCCAGAAGGGGAUCUGUUUCCACCCAAGACGCCCACCCAGCCUUUGUUCCCCCAGGACCCUCACUCGCUCCUCUCGCCCAGCUUAACGAAUUCUCGCCCUUCACACACCACCCUUCCUCCCGUCCCCAUGGUCCCAGAGCCCGGCCCUGUCAGCAACAGCACCCCAGCCUGGGGGUCGGGGCCGCAGUCGGCCCCGGGGGGCAGUGGCUGGGGGGGCCCGCGCGCCGCGCUGUGCGUGGUCAUCGCGCUGACUGCGGCGGCCAACUCGCUGCUCAUCGCGCUCAUCUGCACGCAGCCGGCGCUGCGCAACACGUCCAACUUCUUCCUGGUGUCGCUCUUCACGUCGGACCUGAUGGUGGGGCUGGUGGUGAUGCCGCCCGGCCAGCUGCAAGCCGUGCUGUACGGGCGCUGGGUGCUGGCGCGGGGCCUCUGCCUGCUCUGGGCCGCCUUCGACGUGAUGUGCUGCAGCGCCUCCAUCCUCAACCUCUGCCUCAUCAGCCUGGACCGCUACCUGCUCAUCCUCUCGCCGCUGCGCUACAAGCUGCGCAUGACGCCACCGCGCGCCCUGGCACUCGUCCUGGGGGCCUGGAGCCUGGCCGCGCUCACCUCCUUCCUGCCCCUGCUGCUGGGCUGGCACGAACUGGGCCUAGCCCGGGCACCCGCCCCAGGCCAGUGCCGCCUGCUGGCCAGCCUCCCCUUCGUCCUUGUGGCCUCGGGCCUCACCUUCUUCCUGCCCUCGGGUGCCAUCUGCUUCACCUACUGCAGGAUCCUGCUGGCUGCCCGCAAGCAGGCGGUGCAGGUGGCCUCCCUCACCACCGGCAUGGCCUGCCAGGCCUUGGAGACACUGCAGGUGCCCAGGACCUCACGCCCAGGGGCAGAGUCAGCUGACAGCAGGCGUCUGGCCACCAAGCACAGCAGGAAGGCCUUGAAGGCCAGCCUGACCCUGGGUGUCCUGCUGGGCAUGUUCUUUGCGACCUGGCUGCCCUUCUUUGUGGCCAAUAUAGCCCAGGCUGUGUGUGACUGCGUCUCCCCGGGCCUCUUCGAUGUCCUCACGUGGCUGGGCUACUGUAACAGCACCAUGAACCCCAUUGUCUACCCCCUCUUCAUGCGGGACUUCAAGCGGGCCCUGGGCAGGUUCCUGCCAUGCCCCCGUUGUCCCCGGGAGCACCGGGUCAGCCUUGCCUCGCCCUCCAUGUGGACGUCUCACAGCGGCCCCCGGCCGGGCCUGAGCCUGCAGCACGUCCAGCCCCUGCCCCUGCCCCCAGACUCAGACUCAGGGGACUCCUCAGACUCAGGGGACUCCUCAGGUCUGAGGCUCACCACUCACCUGCUGCUGCCCGGAGAGGCCACUCGGGACCCCCCACCCCCCACCAGGGCUACCACUGCCGUCAACUUCUUCGACGCGGAGCCCAUGGAGCCCGAGCUGCGGCUACACCCCCUAGGCACCCCCACGAACUGAGCCGGCCUUGGAGCUGACCAACACGGAGCAGGACUGGGUAGGCCAAGGUCACGAGGCUUCUGGGGACAGUGGGGACAUGGCAGGGACUCUGAGCUCCAGGGGUGCACUGAGCCAGUCCCACUGCUGCUCCAGACCCUUUGCCUGGGGGAAGAAUACCUGGCCCAGUUUUCUGCAGGGUGCCCCCUUCUUGUGUGUCACCUGUGAGGUGUACAGUUUGGUUGGAGGACUCUGGAUGUCCGUGAGGAGGACCUCUUGGUUCAGAUUAGGAUGAAACACUCACGCCUUUGCCCAUCUGGCAGGCCAGGUCCACUUCCAUCUGCAGAGGUGGACUAGCUUAGCAAACCCCUCCGUCCUCGGUUGAGUCUGUUAUCACCUCCUGAGAGUCUGGACUGCGUGUCCCUGCCCCACCUCAGACCUGCACAAUCCCAGUCGCGUGGCAUGCACAGGUCCCGGGGAAUGGGUGCAGGUUGCUCUUUUGGUUGGGCUGCCUCCGAUGACCUUUCACCCUGAGAAUGACUUGAGGGACUGCAGGCCCUCGGGGUGUGGGAUGUGCGUGGCAGCACAGGCUAGCACCCGAGUCUGGGAGUCGGCGGCAUGAAUCUGAGUCUCUGCCCUACUGCAGCUAGCUUAGGGCUGGCCCAGGCGCUUGGCCUGAGUCUGUGACCUCAGAAGGGGAGAUGCAGCUGACCCUAGAGCGUCUUGUGAGCUGGGACAACGUGUAGAGUGCCCAGCACCCAGUAGGCGGGCAUGCAUGGUAGUCCUGGUGUUGCAGCCUCCGGCUGUGGGCCAGGGUGGGCUCUUCAUGCUGUUCUUUCUCCAUUUCCUCCUCUUUGCUCCCAGUCUGAAUUCCCACCACCUGACUCCAGAGCCCCAACUCCUUGUGAUGGGUCCCAGGUGGGGCCUGGCCUUGGGGCCCUGCCAGCUCCCCGGUGGCUGCACUGUCCCUCUGAGACACGGGGCAGAUGGCAUGUUCUUGGUCAUCAGAGGUGGUGCUUGUACCUAGGAGAGGGACAGCUGGUAGCGAUAAAGCCAGCCUUCUGCCCCACCUCCUUCUGGCCCUCCUGGGGUCGGCGAGGGAAAGGGGAACGGAAGCCAUGUAGGUCUGCAGAACAGAGCUGAAGAGACGCUCUCCCUGGGGCAGGGCGGCUGUCGGGCAGACAGGUGGAUUUUGGCACAGGGCCCGGGUUUUGGGGACAGGGAUGGGAAAACUCUUGGUCCCCACAGUUACCUACCAUAGGCUUCAUUUUGGCCUGAGGGCUUUCUUUUUUCAGAGAGAUUUUUGCUAUAGAGCGCAUGUGCUCCCCAGAGAGACAGAAAGACAGAAAGUG